AACGGCAGCAGCGACAGGAAGCAGCUCAGCAGCUCAGUAAUGUCAGUCUGUCCUACACGUGUUAACUGUCUCUGCUGGAGCAUCACGCUCCGAAAAUAGAAGACACUUAAAGGUUACUCGGCGGCGCACAUUUGAACGCCAGCUUCUCUGUAGCCGUUAGAUAUUUACAUGUCACCAUGAAGUACAUCCUGGUAACUGGAGGAGUCAUAUCUGGUAUUGGCAAAGGCAUCAUAGCGAGCAGCGUGGGAACAAUCCUCAAGUCCUGUGGCCUUCAUGUGACAGCCAUCAAAAUCGACCCCUACAUUAACAUUGAUGCUGGCACCUUUUCACCAUAUGAGCACGGUGAAGUAUUUGUUCUUGAUGAUGGCGGGGAGGUGGAUCUGGACUUGGGCAACUACGAGCGUUUCCUGGACAUCAAGCUGACCAGAGACAACAACCUCACCACUGGAAGGAUCUACCAGUCUGUAAUAAACAAGGAGAGGAGGGGAGACUACCUGGGCAAGACUGUCCAAGUGGUACCUCACAUCACAGAUGCCAUCCAGGACUGGGUAAUGAAGCAGGCAAAAAUUUCAGUCGACGACGAUGAUGUGGAGCCUCAAGUUUGUGUUAUAGAGCUGGGAGGCACAGUGGGGGACAUCGAGAGCAUGCCCUUCAUUGAAGCCUUCAGACAGUUCCAGUUCAAGGUGAAGAAGGAGAACUUCUGCAACAUCCACGUCAGCUUGAUACCACAGCCCAGUACCACAGGAGAGCAAAAAACCAAACCAACCCAAAACAGCGUGCGAGAGCUCAGGGGUCUGGGCCUGUCUCCAGAUUUGAUCAUGUGCCGCUGUGCUACACCCCUAGAAACAUCCGUCAAGGAGAAGAUCUCCAUGUUUUGUCAUGUGGAGCCCUCACAGGUGGUGUGUGUCCAAGAUGUCUCUACAGUGUACAGAGUGCCUCUGCUGCUGCUGGAACAAGGCGUCAUGAGGUACUUCUGUGAGCGUCUGAACCUGCCCGUCGAGCCCAAGCCCAGAAAGAUGCUCACAAAGUGGAAGGAGAUGGCUGACCGAUCUGACCGUCUCUUGGAGAAAGUUUCCAUUGCUCUGGUGGGGAAGUAUACAAAGUUAUCUGACUCCUACACGUCGGUUAUUAAGGCCCUUGAGCACUCGGCCCUCGCAAUUAAUCACAAACUAGACGUCAAGUACGUAGACUCUGCAGACCUGGAGGCUGCCACGCUGCAAGACGAACCAGUGAAAUAUCACGAGGCCUGGCAGAAACUCUGCAGUGCUGACGGUGUGCUGGUACCAGGUGGUUUCGGUGUGAGGGGAACAGAAGGCAAGAUUCUGGCUAUUAAGUGGGCAAGAAAACAGAACAAGCCAUUUCUGGGGGUUUGUUUAGGCAUGCAGCUGGCAGUGUGUGAGUUUGCCCGAGAGGUUCUUGGAUGGGAAGAUGCAAACUCCACAGAAUUUGAUCCCGAAUCCAAACACCCCGUGGUGAUUGACAUGCCCGAGCACAACCCAGGGCAGAUGGGUGGGACUAUGAGGUUGGGGAAGAGACGGACCAUUUUCAAAUCCAACACCAGUGUACUGAAAAAACUGUACGGAGAUUCGGACUAUGUUGAGGAGAGGCAUAGACACAGAUUUGAGGUGAAUCCUGAGCUGACGCACCAUUUUGAAUCAAAGGGCCUCCAUUUUGUUGGUCAGGAUGUGGAAGGAGAGAGAAUGGAGGUUGUUGAAUUAGAGGGCCAUUGUUACUUUGUUGGAGUGCAGUACCAUCCAGAGUUCACCUCCAGACCCAUCAAACCAUCUCCUCCAUACUUUGGCCUCCUGCUGGCUGCUGCAGGGAAACUCCCGGGCUUCAUGGCCAAGGGCUGUCGCCUUUCUCCACGGGACACCUACAGCGACCGCAGCGGCGGCAGCUCUCCUGAAGCUGACAUCGUAGACCUGAAGUUCCCCUCUUUGUAGCCCAUAACGCCCGCGUUUGUGUAGACAACUGCAAAGUCCAGGACGAGACGUGGUCUGUCUCUAAUGUUGGAAAACCAAAGUACAGGUUAAACUGGUUUUAUUUUUAUUCAAAAUCUAUUUAUGCCUUCAGUGUUUGUGUGUCGGUAAAUGGAUGUUUUAUAUCUCUGUUGCUGCAAUAAUCGGAGGAAUUACGGUAAAAAUAUUGAAUACAGACAUUGUUAGAAACUUGAAAAGAAAAUAGGAGAAGCUAAGCUCUUCAGGAAAUGGACGAUGACUUUUCCAGUUAGAUAUUUAAAAGCAAAGUAACAGUGACACAGGGUUCAGGUGGGAGUCAGGGUCUCACCGUGCUGGGAAAAAACCCAACAUCGACCUUUUUACAUGACUUUAUUUGUCCAUUUAUUUUCUGCCACUUAUUGUUUCUUUCCUGUCAAGUAUACAACACUCAGGUGUGUAAACUACAUGUUAUACUAGGUUUGGAUAAUCUUGUGAUGUUUUGCAUGGAAAUCUGUUUUAGACAGGACCACAUGGUGACCUGACCAUGGCCUUUAUUCUGGUUUAGUCCAAAUGAGGAACUGACCGUUAUUCUGGUUUAGUCCUUCUGUGGAACUGACCAUUAAUCCGGUUUAGUCCUCACAAGGAAUUGGCUUUUAGUCUGGUUUAAACCUCUUGAGGACCUGGCCUUUAUUCUGGUUUAGUCCUCCUGUUGAAUGGACCAUUAUUCUGGUUUAGUCCUCAUGUGGAACUGACCGUUAUUCUGGUUUAGUCCUCAUGGAGACUUUGUCUGACCUUUUUAUUCUGGUUUAAACCUCACGAGGACCUUGUCUGGCCUUUAUUCUGGUUUGGUUCUCAUUUUUGUGUGGUCCUUGUGAUGACCUGGCUUUUAUUUCUGGUUUAAACCUCACGAGAAAUGGUUUUUAUUCUGGUUUUGUUCUCGUUUUAAUCUGGCCUUUACCCUGGUUUAGAGAGGCACUUAUGCAAUUAUGGGAGUAUAUAAGAUUUUCCUGUUGUAACAGGGUGAAAGGUUAAGUCGUGAUGAAUAUAAUGAGGGUCCUGGGAUUUAUUCUGCAUGAAUUUGUUACUGACAAACCUGUGGUGUUAUAAAUUUUUUCAUUCCAUAAUCUCACAGUCGUUAGCUCUGGUUGGAGCCUCUGUAGGCUGCUGUGUCAAAAGUACACUUGAUGUCGUCAUUGACUCAAAGGUAUUAACUGGAAAAACAAGCUCGGUACACAAAAAUACUGAUUUGAUCCUAGGGUAUCAGUAACCUGUGAAUGAGAAGCAUCAAGCUUUCAUCUUACAAUUUACUUUGUCUGUCAGUGACAAAGAUGUGAAACACAUAACGUAUUUUUAUAUUUAUGCUGCUCCGAUGCAUGUGUGAUUUGUAAUAUGUGCAUUUAUUCCAAAUAAAUAAAUUGUUAAGACAAUC